CCAACCUUUUUCACUCACACCCCUAUUUAUAUACCUGAAAGAAGGAAGGCAAAACAACCUACACAUUAGUUUCAAUACAUUUUCUCCCAUUGCUAUCAUCUCCAUGGCCUUGGAGCUGAUGAGUGCUGUGGAACCCAGCCCAAAGAGCAUCUACGCAGUGCUGGGUGCUCCUGGGCUCAAGGGCAAGAAGGUUUCCAGCUUUGAAAAGGACUCAAAAGGAGUCCUUAACCUUGUCCAAUCCAUCAUCAAUGGGAAGCAAGAGGUGGAGGACCCCUUCUAUGUUUUAGACAUUGGGGUUGUGGUGGGGCUUAUGGACAAGUGGGCUCACGGGCUACCUGACGUGCAGCCCUUCUAUGCCGUUAAGUGUAACCCCGAGCCCGCAUUGCUUAGCACGCUAGCGGCGCUCGGGGCAGGAUUCGACUGUGCUAGCCGGGCUGAGAUAGAAGCUGUCUUGAAUAUCGGCGUGCCAGCGGAUCGGAUCGUUUACGCCAACCCAUGUAAAGCUGAGGCCCAGAUCAAGUAUGCUGCUAAGGUCGGAGUCAACCUCACAACCUUUGAUUCAAAGGAUGAGAUUGAGAAGAUAUGUAAAUGGCACCCAAGAUGCGCCGUCUUGAUCCGCCUCAAGGCCCCUGAUGAUGGUGAGGCAAGGUGUCCUCUGGGACCCAAGUACGGCGCUUUGCCUGAAGAGGUCAUUCCUCUCCUCCAAGCGGCCCAAGUUGCAGGAGUCGCUGUGGCUGGUGUGUCAUUCCAUGUGGGCAGCGGUGCAACUCACAUGGGAGCCUACCGCGGGGCCAUUGCAGCUGCGAAGGAGGUAUUCGAUGCGGCCCAACAGCUCGGCAUGCCGCGCUUGCAUAUUCUCAACAUCGGCGGUGGUUUCACUGCAGGCCUACAGUUCGAUGAGGCUACUGUAGCCGUCAAGGCCGCAGUCCAAGAGCACUUCCCUGGGGAGCCAGGGCUGAAACUGAUGGCCGAGCCAGGGAGGUUCUUCGCCGAGACCGCAUUCACACUCGCCACCAACAUCAUCGGAAAGCGUGUGCGUGGCGAUCUACGUGAGUACUGGAUCAACGAUGGGAUCUAUGGAUCUAUGAAUUGCAUCCUAUAUGAUCAUGCGACCGUGACGGCGCUUCCGUUGGCGUGCACUUCAAACCGCACAAACCCAACGUGCCGAGGGCUAAGAACGUAUGCGUCUACCGUGUUCGGGCCCACAUGUGACGCGCUGGACACAGUGAUGGUGGGCCACCAACUGCCCGAGCUUGUGGUGAAUGAUUGGCUAGUGUUCCCGAACAUGGGUGCAUACACGGCCUCAGCUGGGUCCAAUUUCAAUGGCUUCGCCACCUCGACCAUACGCACCCACCUUGCCUACUCUAACACAUCCUAGCACACGUGCACACAAACAGUGCCAUCUAGUUCCUCUCUCAUCGACAUAGAUUAAAUGGUUGGCCCAUAUUACUUUUAUCAUUUUUUUCCUUUUUUUUUUUAAAUUAUUUUUUUCUUUAAGAUUUUGGUGUCCUGUAAGGCAGAAGUUCAUGUGAAAUGGACGGUCUUCUUUUCUUUUUGGAAUAUCAUGGUCUGUGUAGGAAUAUUGUGCAAGGUUGUGGUGACUCAGUAGUCAUCCGAAUAAAUUCAUUCAGAAAAUUGUGGUGAUUA